AUGGCCAACAAUACGUGCGAACCACCUUCUCGCGGCCUGAAAGGCAAGGUUGCAAUUGUCACAGGAGCAGGAUGCCACGGCGACGGAAUUGGAAACGGUCGCGCCAUAUCCAUCAUGCUGGCUGACGAAGGCUGUCAUGUUGUUUGUCUGGAUCUCAACCUCGAAUGGGCACAGAAAACCGCAGACAUGUCAGCAUCGAAGCCCCACUCUGGUACCGGUAAAGCCAUUGCUUGCGUAGCCGACGUCACCAAAUGUGCGGACUGCGAGGCUGUAGUCGAAACAGCCUUGAAAGAGUUUGGUAGGGUAGACAUCUUGGUAAACAAUGUGGGCAUCGGAGGUGCGCCCGGCACAGCAGUUGAUGUCGACAUGGUGGCUUGGACAAAGGGUCUCGAGAUCAACGUGAGCAGUAUGGUGCAGAUGGCGAAAUAUUGUAUACCAGCUAUGCAAAAGAACGAGGGUGAAGUCAAAGGCAGCAUUGUCAAUAUGGGUUCUGUUGCUGGGUUGAAAGGUGGCACUCCGCACCUGCUCUAUCCCACAAGUAAGGGUGCAGUGGUCAACAUGACAAGAGCGAUGGCUGCACACCACGCUGCUGAUGGAAUCAGGGUGAAUUGCGUGUGCCCAGGGAUGCUAUACACGCCGAUGAUGUACGCCGGCGGUAUGAGUGAAGAGGCUCGUGAAGCACGAAAGAAGCGAAGUCUUCUUGGGACGGAGGGCAACGGAUGGGAUGCUGCUUGUGCCGUCACCUUUCUAGCGAGUGAUCACGCGCGGUGGAUUACAGGGGCCAUCCUCCCAGUAGAUGCGGGCGCAACUGCAGCUGUCGGUAUUGGCAUGCCCAAGAGCGCAAGUGUAAAUGGAUAA